AAUGUUCUCUAAAUGAGUGACAGAUGUCAAAUUACUUGUGCUGGAAAUUCCCAUAAUAAAGUCUGAUAUAAUUUUUUAAUAAAAAUGGUUGAUGAAUCGACGAGAAAAACAUUAAGUAGCAUUCCUUUAUUGCAAACUAAAGCUGGACCCCGUGAAAAGGAUUUAUGGGUUCAAAGAUUAAAGGAAGAAUAUCAAGCGUUAAUAAAGUAUGUACAAAACAACAAAGCUGCAGAUAAUGACUGGUUUCGUCUAGAAUCAAAUAAAGAAGGAACAAAAUGGUUUGGAAAAUGUUGGUACAUUCAUAAUCUUCUCAAAUAUGAGUUUGAAGUUGAAUUUGACAUCCCUGUUACGUAUCCAACUACUGCUCCUGAAAUAGCGUUACCUGAAUUAGAUGGGAAAACUGCAAAAAUGUACAGAGGAGGCAAAAUUUGUCUCACUGAUCAUUUUAAACCUUUAUGGGCUAGAAAUGUACCAAAAUUCGGAAUUGCCCAUGCUAUGGCCUUGGGUCUUGGACCAUGGCUUGCGGUAGAAAUACCUGAUCUAAUCGAAAAGGGUAUUGUAUGUCACAAUGAUGAGGUAGAUCAAGAAAAAUAAUUUUUUGUUAAAUUUACUAUUAUGUACAUAAUUAUUCACUAUUUUCUAUAUUACGAAAGUUAUUUAGUUUUCUUACCUAUAAUAAUAAUAAAAAAUGAUUUUAAUACGAAAAAUAA